UUUACCAGUGAGAUCAAACAUCAAAUUGAAACCAAUAAUGCCAAACCCAUUUUUACGAAAUCAUACAGAUAUCCUCAGGUCCAUAAAGAGGAAGUAAAAUCUCAAGUGAAUAAGAUGGUCAACGAAGGAAUCAUCCGACAAAGUACGUCGCCCUGGUCAAGUUCUGUGUGGGUCGUCCCAAAAAAGAUGGACGCCUCUGGAGAACAAAAAUGGCGAGUAGUAAUAGACUAUCGCAAACUCAAUGAAUGUACCAUUGACGAUAAAUAUCCUCUUCCUAAUAUCUCCGAUCUCUUAGACCAACUUGGAAAAUGUCAAUAUUUCACAACUCUAGAUCUGGCCUCUGGUUUUCACCAGAUCGAAAUCGAUCCCAAAGACAUUCCUAAAACAGCUUUCUCCGUGGAAAACGGACAUUAUGAAUUUACUCGUAUGCCUUUUGGACUCAAAAAUGCACCGUCCACAUUCCAGCGUGUCAUGGACAACAUUCUCCUAGGUAUUUUAAACGAGCGAUGUCUUGUCUACAUGGACGACAUCAUAGUAUACUCUCCUACCAUUCACGACCACAUUUUCCGUCUUACUGAAGUCUUCAAACGUCUUCGAAACGCUAAUCUUAAAAUCCAGCCUGAUAAAUGUGAAUUUCUCAGAAAAGAGGUAGCGUACCUCGGACAUCUCAUUACCCAAGAUGGCGUCAAGCCUAACCCUUCAAAAGUUGAUUGUAUCCAACGAUUUCCUGAACCGAAAACACCCAAAGACAUAAAAUCUUUCUUAGGCCUAGCCGGUUAUUAUCGUCGUUUUAUCCCUAAUUUUGCCAAACUCUCCAAACCUCUCACUAGACUACUUCAAAAAGACGUUGCUUUCAAUUUUGACCCAGAUUGUAGGCAAGCUUUUGAAGAUUUGAAAAACGCUUUAAUUUCUGACCCGAUUCUAAUUUAUCCAAAUUUUGAGGAACCAUUUGUUCUUAAAACUGUCAAAAAUCGGAAAUAUUUUAUCAUUCCCCUUCCUUUUGAUCCCGAAACGGUAGUACAACACUUAUUCUAUAUCGUUUAUGCAGACCAAGAUAAAUUUGACCUAUCGCAAAUCUAUUACGUCGAAAAUCAGCUCGAAUUACCAAUUUUAGAAAUAUUUUCGUUUAUCUUUGCCGAUAAAGAAAUAAAAAUCCGAAUAUGUCAAGAUGUCAUUAAAACCCCAGAACAAGACGAAAUACCCCCAAUAUUAGAUCACUAUCACCGUGGUAAAAGCAAUCUCCAUCGAGGAAUAAAUGAGACUAUACGAAGAAUAAAAGAAAAGUACAAUUGGCAAGGCCUCACAAAGGAUGUAGAAAAUUUUAUAAAAAAUUGUGAAAUCUGUCAAAAGGUGAAGAUAUGUAGAAAAAACUUAAGCAGCCCAUUAGUCAUUACCGAAACACCUAAAACACCAUUCGAAAGAGUUAACAUAGAUCUUUUCGAAUACCCUACUAGAAAUUACGCUCUAACUAUCAGAGACGAGCUCACUAAAUUCACCCAAGCCUACCCCAUUGAAGACAAAACGGCUAAAUCAAUUGUCAAUAAUCUUAUUGUCUUUUUCCAACACUAUGGCACUCCAUUACGCAUACACUGUGACUAUGGACGUGAAUUCGACAAUACUUUAAUGAAAGAUCUUUGUGAAUUAUACGACAUAAAAUUAACCUUCUCAAGUGUAGGCCACCCACAAUCUAACGGUUCUAUCGAAAGAUUUCACUCAACCCUAAGUGAAAUGAUAAGAGCCAAUCAAGCUGAAAAUCCCGAUGAACAUCCGUUCAAUAUUCUACCUUAUGCAGUUAUUUGUUAUAAUAACACUAAAAAUAAAACCCAUGGAUUUACACCUUACGAAUUGAUUUUUGGACAUACUUCUUUUAGACCACCCGAAAUACUUUACAAUGAAAAAGCCCUUAUAUCAAAAUACGUUAGGGACUUAAGUAAUCGUAUACAAUAUUUUUAUAAAGUGGCACGAGCCAAGACCGAAAGACAAAAAGAAAAAGCUAAAGAGAGAUUCGAUCAGCACGUGUCAUCAAACCCUCCAGAAUAUAAAAUAGGUGAUAAAGUUUACGUCAAAGAAUCGCAGAUUAAAGACAAAUCCCAAAAUAAAUUUAAUGGCCCUUUCGAAAUACAAGAAAUCCACAUUCCUCGGACUGAUUCCAGUCAUCUACCCCCAGUAUACGUUAACCCCAAUUAA